CCAGUCUGCACGAAAUCUUCCGAAUCACACUCAAUGUGUUUCUUCGAGGGCAAUUGCAACCCUGUUUCCAUUUUCAGGGUGCAAUGAGAUUAUUUUCGCUUUGCUGGUGACUAUGAAGAAUUCAUUGAUAUCUUCAAUGCGGCGGGCUCUUUGCCUGCCGUUCAGUGCUCCUACUCCUGCUCCCGCUGCUCCUCCAGGUCGUUCAGCGCUGACGAAGCCCGGAGGUUACGAUGCCGACCUGCCGAUGAUCCGUCGCACCUUCCAUUCAGGACCCCUCCCCCGCAUCAGCUCAAGAGCUAGAGCCUCAACUUACGGGUCAGCUCCUUCUAUAACAACACCAUAUCAACCUCUUCACCGCUCUCAAUUACAUUACUUUCUCUCCUCUACCUUUACCACAGCUUCUUCCUCUCGAUCGGUUCUCACUCAACCUCUCCACAACUCAAAAGUCUCUUCUCUCGUCCCUCGUCAGCAGCAGCGUAACUGCUCUUGUCGACGAGCCAUGUAUCGCAACGGAAACGAUGUCGCUAGCGCGAGUCUCGACAUUCGUCGUGGACGCGAAGUGCUUCCCAAAAAUGUCAAGCCUCUGCAUUACGAUCUCACCCUCGAGCCAAACUUCGAGACCUUCAAGUAUGAAGGUACCGUCAUCAUCGACUUCGAUGUCGUCGAAGAUUCAACCUCUAUUGCCCUGAACACGGUCGAAAUUGAUAUCCACGAGACACUUGUUGAAGCCAAUGGUGCCACUAUUAGCUCCUCGCCUACCCUCGAUUACAACAAGGACACCCAAACCACCACCGUUACCUUCGAUAAGACGAUUCCCGCUGGCCAAAAGGCGAGGUUAACUCAACGUUUCACCGGUACUCUCAACGAUGACAUGGCAGGUUUCUACAGGUCAUCAUACAAGGACGAAGAUGGCAACACCAAAUACCUUGCUACCACCCAGUUCGAGGCCACCGAUGCUCGCCGCGCAUUUCCUUGCCUGGACGAGCCAGCUCUGAAAGCGACAUUCACCGUAACACUCAUUGCUGACAAGGAUCUGGUAUGCUUGGGUAACAUGGAUGUCGCUUCUGAGAAAGAAGUCGACUCCAAGGUUACAGGCAAGAAGCGCAAGGCCAUUACUUAUAACAAGACUCCCAUCAUGUCUACCUACCUUCUGGCUUUCGUCAUUGGUGACCUCAAGCACUACGAGACCAACAACUUUCGAGUCCCUAUCCGAGUGUGGUGUACUCCCGAUCAAGACCUUGACCAUGCCGUCUUUUCCGCCGAGCUAGCUGCUCGAACACUCGAGUUCUACGAGCAGCAAUUUGGCAGCCAAUAUCCUCUUCCCAAGAUGGACAUGGUUGCUGUGCCUGACUUUGCUGCUGGAGCCAUGGAGAACUGGGGUCUCAUCACAUAUCGAGUCGUUGAUCUUCUAUUGGAUGAAAAGACCAGCAGCGCCGUCACCAAGAAGCGCGUGGCCGAGGUCGUUCAACAUGAACUGGCUCAUCAAUGGUUCGGCAACUUGGUCACAAUGGACUUCUGGGAUGGCCUGUGGCUCAAGGAAGGUUUUGCAACAUGGAUGUCUUGGUAUUCUUCUAACGCCUUCUACCCCGAGUGGAGGAUUUGGGAGGGUUAUGUUACUGAGGAUCUCCGAUCUGCUCUCGGUCUCGACUCUCUGCGCAGCUCUCACCCUAUUGAAGUGCCUGUCAAGCGUGCUGAUGAGGUCAACCAAAUCUUCGAUGCUAUCUCAUAUGAGAAGGGUUCUUGUGUCCUGCGCAUGAUCUCAAAAUACUUGGGCGAGGACGUCUUUCUGAAGGGUAUCCGAAUCUACCUCGAUAGACAUGCAUACAGCAACACUGAGACCACGGACCUUUGGGCCGCUCUCAGUGAGGCCAGUGGUAAGGAUGUUGAGCGCGUUGCUGACAUCUGGACCAAGAAGGUCGGUUACCCAGUCGUAGCAGUCACAGAAGACGAAGGCAAGGGCACAAUCCAUGUCAAGCAGAACCGGUUCCUUAGAACGGCCGAUGUCAAGCCUGAGGAGGAUGAAGUCCUUUACCCCGUCUUCCUCAACCUUCGAACUAAGGACGGUAUCCAGGAAGAUCUGGCACUCAACACACGUGAGGCCGACUUCAAGGUGCCUGACUUUGACUUCUACAAGAUCAACUCUGGCCAUUCUGGUAUCUACCGUACAUCUUAUACUAGCGAGCGACUUCAAAAGCUUGGUCAAAACGCCAAGGCAGGUCUCUUGGGUGUUGAAGAUAGGGCCGGAAUGAUUGCAGAUGCCGGUGCCCUUGCCGCUGCUGGUUACCAGAAGACAUCUGGCUUGCUGUCGCUCCUCCAAGAAUUUGACUCCGAAGACGAGUUCAUUGUCUGGGAUGAGAUCACUCUCCGUGUCGGAUCUCUCCGUGAUGCUUGGAUAUUUGAAGAUGAUAAUGUCAAUGAGGCUCUCAAGACUUUCCAGAGGGAUCUGGUCAGCAAGAAGGCUAACGAGAUCGGUUGGGAUAUUUCUGACAAGGAUGACUUCACUGCCCAAAGAAUGAAGGCCCUUAUGUUCGGCAAGGCCGCCAUUGUCGAGGACGAGCCUACCAAGAAGGCCGCUUUCGACUUGUUCGAGAAGUUCAUCAAUGGUGAUCGAGAUGCCGUACAGCCCAACUUGCGACCUAGUGUUUUCGCUGUUGUGGUUACAUAUGGAGGCGAGAAGGAGUAUAAUGAUAUUUUGAAAGAAUAUGAGACUGCCAAGCAAAGCAGUGAGCGAAACACUGCUCUCCGGUCACUUGGUUUUGCAAAGGAUGCUGCUCUUAUCAAGCGAACUCUGGAGUACACUCUGAGCGAUAAUGUCAAGACCCAGGAUAUCUAUAUGCCUCUCAGCGGUCUCCGCGCUCACAAGGAGGGUAUCUUGGCUCUUUGGGGAUGGGUCAAGGACAACUGGGACGUUCUCACCAAGCGACUCCCACCUGGCAUGUCACUCCUUGGCGAUAUGGUCGCCAUUUCUACAAGCUCUCUCACACAGAAGGACCAGAUUUCCGAUGUGAAGACUUUCUUUGAGCAGAAGGGCACCAAGGGAUUCGACCUUGAGCUGGCCCAAAGUCUUGAUUCUAUGACCGCCAAGCAAAACUGGCUCGCAAGGGAUAAGGAGGAUGUCAAGGAGUGGCUACGCAAGAAUAAAUACCUGUAAAUUAGUUGCAUAAAGAAUGAGACAAGAUGCUCAAGCAUGGUUGUACCUGCAUGAAUGAGCAAGUUCAAAUAAGUAACCAUCUUUACGA